AAAUCAAAUAUGUUGAACUUUGGAUCUAGGUUUGGAUUAACAGGAACUAGAGUGGCAUUAAAGCAUGCUAAAAUUGGGAGUAAUUUUUAUAAAGCAGCUACCGCUAAUUCUCUUACAAGUAGAGCUUUAUCAACAAAUGAGAAGUAUAAUUUUAUCAAGAAAGUUGAGAAAUCUUCUUUAUCUCAUGGACAGUACGAUCUUGAGGGAGGGCACUCUUUGACACAAUAUCUUUCUUUGUACAAAUUUUAUAACGAUAAUAUUGGGUAUGUCCUUUUGGACCCUAAGACCAACAGCCUCAUUCUGAUUGAUGCAGGCCACUAUAAAACUUCAAGAGAUGUCAUUGAAGAACUUGAGGAGACUCAUGAAGCCAAAUUAAGAUACAUCUUUACAACUCAUGGGCACUGGGAUCAUGUCAAUGGCAAUGAAGAGUGGAAGGAAAAUCGACCAGAGCUAGAAAUCAUCACAGGAAAUUACCCGGAUGUGGAUAUUCCAGCUGCAACACAGAGAAUGAAUGAUUUAGAUACAAUGACAAUCGGGGAUCUCACAUUCGCAUGUUUAAACGUUCCAGGCCAUACAAUUGAGCAUGUCGCCUUUGUUGUGACCCAUGUUACUGAGACUUCUACUAAAAUUCCCUUCUUAUUCUCAGGCAAGUUUACUUUUCAUAUUAUAGGAGACACAUUGUUUGUGGGAGGAUGUGGAAGAAUAUUUACUGGAACAGCUGAACAGUUAUUUUAUAGUUUACAAAAAUUGAUAAACCUUCCUCAUGAUACUCUUCUAUUCUGUGGUCAUGAAUAUACUAAAGCAAAUCUUAAAUUUGCAAAGUAUGUUGAUCCAGACAAUUCUGCGAUAGAUAUGAAAAUGGACCAAGUAGAUGAGGUCCUUUCAAAAGGACAGUUCACAGUCGGAUCAAGACUUGGAGAAGAACUCAUGUAUAAUCCUUUUUACAAGUGUGUAUCUACCACAGAGGAGAACCCCUUCCUUGAUCCAGUACUCCAAACACAAGACCCUGUUAAGAGAUUCGAAAAGAUCAGAGCUCUCAAAGACAACUUCUAGUUCCUGAGACGACUCCAUUCAGGCUUAAUGUUUGUUGGGAAUAUCUCCAC